UUACACUGCUUUUUACUGUAAUGGAUUUCAUUCUUUUUACCCUUCACACCUACACCUUUGUUUUGUGGAUCACAUUUCUUACCGCGGCGGCGAUGGGAUCGCCGGCAUCAAAUGAUUUUGAAGCGUCGUUGCUGGGCCGGUGGAAUCUCCGGGCUAUGAAGCUCAAAACGGUUAAUGAAGAAAACCAAAACAAGACUCAAGAUUCCAUCUGCGUCACAGCUCUGGUUGUUGCAGUCGCAUUCUUCGUCAUCGUCACCUGCGGACUCCUGUUUGUGUGUCGUCACAGGUUUAAGAAUAGAGAUUUGGAGCAGGGAAGGCUCAACCUGGGACUCCUGUUUCUAUGUUGUGCCAGGUUGAAGAAGACAAACGCGGAGCAGAGCCGCCAUGGCGACAUGUUGAAGAUACUGAACUACGAUGGGAAGAUUGCCUACAACCACAUCAUCCGAGCGACACAAAACUUCGACCCCAGCUACUGCGUCGGAGCCGGCAGCUGCGGAACCGUGUACAGGGCGCAGUUACCCAACGGGAAAGUGGUGGCCAUCAAGAAACUCCACGACGACGACACGAGCCAAUUCAGAAACGAGGCUCGGGUGUUGUCGGAGAUAAGGCACCGGAAUAUACUCAAACUUCUGGGGUUUUGUCUGCAUGAUAAGUGCAUGUUCCUGGUUUAUGAGUACAUGGAAAGGGGGAGCCUGUUUAGUGUGCUGAGAGAUGAGGAUGAAGCGAAGAAACUGAAAUGGAGUAGGAGGGUGAAUGUGGUGAAAGGCAUUUCAAGUGCUCUGGCUUACCUGCACCAUGGUUGCAGCCCGCCGGUUGUUCAUAGGGACAUUUCCAGCAAGAACAUAUUGAUCAACUCGGAGUUUCAGGCUUUUGUGUCUGAUUUUGGCACUGCUAGGCUGCUCAACCCUAAUUCUUCAAAUCAAAUUGUGUUGGCAGGCACUUAUGGUUACAUUGCACCAGAGCUAGCUUUUUCUUUGAUCAACACCGAGAAAUGUGAUGUUUAUAGCUUUGGAGUCGUGGUAUUAGAAAUAAUGUUAGGAAAGUAUCCGGGCGAACUUAUUUCAUCACUAUUAUCAAGAUGUUGCGAACAAAUAUUGUUAAAGGAUUCACUUGAUCCCCGAUUGCCUCCUCCUAAUUCAGUGGUUGCUCCAGAUGUGGUUCUUAUGAUGGCACUUGCAUUGGCAUGUUUACACCCCAACCCAAAAUCUAGGCCAACAAUGCAACACAUUUUUGAAAAGAUUUUCACCGGCAAGCUACUUUUAGAAAUGCCCCUACACAAUAUUAGAAUGAGCCAAUUAAUGAGUGUUGGAGUGUAUUAA